AUGACUCUCGGGCCUCCUCCUUCGGCUGCGGGCUCAUCCCAUCACGCGCCAGACAAUCACAAUUCUGGCAGUACUGUUGUAUCUUCCAGUAGUGAAGAUCAGACAUACAGUGGUACUCCGCAAGAUGCUCCCCAACAACGAGCGUUAACCGUAGCAUCUUCCGGUAAUCACGGAAGUCAUUACCAAAGCUAUGGUCAAUCUUCGGCGAGAUUCUCUACCGCGCAAAGCACCCUUCCGUCUCAGUCCUACCCGUCCUACCCUAGUACGAAUAAUAUUUCUCAACAGCUGAGAACGAAUCAAGGCCCUAACCAAGUCACAUCGUAUGGCUAUUAUAAUUACUCGCCAACCGCUUGGGGCAACGCAUGGCCUGCGGCUGCAUAUCCUUAUGGGGGCACGGGGACGUACCAGUACUCAUAUCCACAAACUUCACCGUUGAUUCCGUCACAGACACCGUCCUAUCCUUCAGCUGUACCACAGACUCAGUCCAAGCCUAAAACCCCUUCACCUUCUCCCUCACCUCCCCCUCCGUUUCAUAAACAAUGGGAUGCUGUUAUGAAGACGUUCCUCUCUUCUGUAGGAUUGACACAAGCAUUGAGAGGCUUUGAAGCAGACAUGGUUAUCAUGAACACAGAAUGGGAGCGUAAAACCGUCCCAACAGCUCUAGGUGAACUGAUGAGAGAACUUCUGCGACUUGGAGAAAGUAAGAGAGCAGAAGAAGAAAAUGCGAUUGCAAAGCAAGAACAGCCUGAAGAGCGUUCUUUAGAAGAGAGGAAACUUGAUUACGUGCACUUCGCCAAUGGCGCUGUACCUCGCUCUCAGACGUCAAUCACGAAGUCCAUAUCCCUCUUUCUGGCCCAGAAUCGCGCUCGAAACGACGAGUCGAACCGUACCGAAUUUUUGCAGUCAUUAACUGAGAAACGCCGUCGCCUGAGCGAGCUUGGCGAAGAAUCUUCCGGCGUUAUCUCAUCUUGUUCUCGCACCGAUGCGAAGACGCAAAAUAGAGAUGUGCAGAUGAAGUACGAUAUCGCAAAAAACGAAGACGGUCCGCUGAGGAAAACUUUACGCGUUGGUUCGGCGCCAGACGCCAGCACUGCACAAGGACGAAGUUGCAGAGAUGCCACAGCACCUCGUGGUCACGCAGAGCAAAGCUUUGACGAUGUGGGUGCUGAGCUAUACCCCGCGUUGGAUGAGCGGCUGGGGAACGUCGAGACCCAUCUUGCGGUUCGCUAUGUGCCUUCCCCUCCACGAUCGCUAUUCGAUCGCCUGAAAUUUUUGGAGGACCACAUCAUUCAACUAGAAAAAGAAUAUCCGCCAUGGGCGGCUCUACAUUUCAACCAACCCAAUCGUGGCUGGCCUCCACCUCCCCGUCCAACACCCAUCAUCGUCCCAUCCCAUCUGACAUCCACAGCUACAAACGCUUCUCAGCCGCAUUCGCCGCACUCUACUGAACAUGAUGCAGGCGCGGUAGGAUCUACGACAUCCGAUUCAAACGCGCCAAAGGGUCGAGGUAAACAAGGUCGGACUAACAAGUCCAGCUUACACAGAGCGGUGAUGGAAAAGUUGGAAGUCCAGAAAGCUAUGAAUGACCUGGCUGGUCAGAGGAUGUGA